CUCCGGAGGUUGGUGGGGCCACCGGCGCGGGCAGCGCCCCUUUAAGCGCUAGCCUCGCCCUCCGCCGCGAUCUUCCCGUGGUGGCGGCGCUGCCGCGCACGCGGCGUCCCGCGCCGGGCGGCAGCAGCCAGUGAGCGCGGCGGGGGCGGCGGCGGCGGCAGCGGCAGCGGCAGCAGCAGCAGCAGCAGCAGCAGCAGCAGUAGCAGCGAUGGCGGCUGCGGCCUCGGCGACGCCGCGCGGCCCGUGCCGCUCCGUGCACUGGUUCCGCCGCGGGCUGCGGCUCCACGACAACCCGGCGCUGCAGGCGGCGCUGCGGGACGCCGUGGCCCUGCGCUGCAUCUACAUCCUGGACCCCUGGUUCGCCGCCUCCUCCGCCGUGGGCAUCAACCGCUGGCGAUUCCUACUCCAAUCCCUGGAAGACCUGGACAACAGUUUAAGGAAACUCAGCUCCCGCUUGUUUGUGGUACGAGGGCAGCCAACAGAUGUCUUCCCAAGACUCUUUAAAGAAUGGGGAGUUACUCGUCUCACCUUUGAAUAUGACUCGGAGCCAUUUGGAAAGGAGAGAGAUGCAGCUAUUGUCAAACUGGCCAAGGAGGCUGGAGUGGAGGUGGUGAUAGAAAACUCUCACACGCUGUACGACCUGGACAGAAUAAUUGAGCUGAAUGGCCACAAACCACCCCUCACCUACAAGCGCUUUCAGGCCAUCAUUAGCCGUAUGGAGCUCCCAAAGAAGCCAGUGAGCAGCAUAAUAAGCCAGCAGAUGGCAACGUGUAAAGUGGACAUACAGGAGAACCAUGACGAUGUGUAUGGAGUCCCGUCCCUGGAGGAGCUGGGAUUCCCCACAGAUGGCCUUGCCCCUGCAGUUUGGCAAGGAGGGGAGACAGAAGCCUUGGCACGGCUGGAUAAACAUUUGGAAAGAAAGGCAUGGGUUGCAAAUUAUGAAAGACCAAGGAUGAAUGCCAAUUCUUUGCUGGCCAGCCCUACAGGACUGAGUCCCUACCUGCGUUUUGGCUGCUUGUCCUGCCGCUUAUUUUACUAUCGUCUCUGGGAGCUGUAUAAGAAGGUGAAACGCAACAGCACGCCCCCCCUCUCUCUGUAUGGACAGCUCCUGUGGCGGGAAUUUUUUUACACAGCAGCCACCAACAACCCUAAGUUUGAUCGCAUGGAGGGGAACCCCAUCUGCAUCCAGAUCCCAUGGGACAGGAACCCUGAAGCCUUGGCAAAGUGGGCAGAGGGCAAGACAGGCUUCCCUUGGAUUGAUGCAAUCAUGACCCAACUGAGACAGGAAGGGUGGAUCCACCAUCUGGCCAGGCACGCUGUGGCCUGCUUCCUGACCAGGGGCGACCUCUGGAUCAGCUGGGAGUCGGGAGUCAGGGUAUUUGAUGAGCUGUUGCUGGAUGCAGAUUUCAGUGUAAAUGCAGGCAGCUGGAUGUGGCUUUCGUGCAGUGCGUUCUUCCAGCAGUUCUUCCACUGUUACUGCCCUGUGGGCUUUGGACGUCGCACAGACCCCAGUGGUGACUACGUUAAGCGGUAUCUGCCCAAGCUAAAGGGCUUCCCUUCACGGUAUAUCUACGAACCCUGGAAUGCCCCAGAGUCUGUGCAGAAGGCAGCCAAGUGCAUCAUUGGGGUGGACUACCCCAAACCCAUGGUGAACCAUGCAGAAACCAGCCGGCUGAACAUUGAACGCAUGAAGCAGAUCUACCAGCAGCUGUCACGCUAUAGGGGACUGUGCUUAUUGGCAUCAGUCCCGUGUGUGGAAGAUCUCAGUGGCCAAGUUGCAGACCCAGCUUUAGGGCACAGCAGCAGUACAAGUACAGUGAUGAGACUACCACAAUCUGACCAGACUUCUCCAAAGCGCAAGCAUGAGGGAGCAGAAGAGCUGUGCACUGAAGAACUGCACAAAAGAGCCAAAGUGGGAGGUCUCCCUGCUCCAGAGAUCCCUGGCAAGAGCCUGUGACUCUCACAAGUGAAGAGCAAGUGCUGAAGAGGUGACGAGAAGAGUAGGGACUGUUGCCACAGAGGGCCUGGAACUUGAGAUCCGCAACGGAAAACCUGGGGUGUCUCAUGUAAAUGUGUAAUUCCACUAGCUGCCACAAAAGGGCACUGUAUCACUUGUGCUUGGGGAUAUUUAGCUUUCUGGCCUCCGAAGAGCCAAAUGUCUCUUCUCAGCCAAGCUCAAAACCUGCCUGCAUGUAAGGGGGCAAGAGCUUUCUACUAAUUUGUUCACUUCCAGGUGUAUCUUUCUUUUCGGACAAUGGAUCAGUGCAUGUAACUUUAUGCAUUGAUAGGGAGCUGCAUCUCAGAAGUAGUGAAUGUCCAUUCUCACUACUGGUACUAGGCAGUGAGGUGGGCCAAGGUUAAUUCAAAUUAUAGUAGGAGUUGAGAAGGAAGCUGCUAGAGUAUCAAGAGUAGUGCCCAUCUACAAGAGAACAGGAAAAUGUCAAUGUUUGUUAAGCUAGGCUGGCAGGGAUAUAAAUGCUUUCUGAAUACAUCAACGUGGUACAUGUGUGAGAUGGAAAAGAAAUGAAGGGCAAUUGUACCAAACGAAUGAAGUGAUGUGAACUGCCUUUGCACUUGAAAGGCACUUAAAACUUUGCAGUAGUGAGAUUCUUCUGCAGGGAAGUUGAGCCAUAGUGCUGUUGCCUGGAACAGGCAGCUUGAGAGCAGCUUGAUACCUUGGGGGAGAGAGAGUCAGAGAAGGAGAAUUAUUUGGAGAAUAAGACCAUGGCUUGAUAUGAUUAAAGCAGUCUCUGAGAAACUUGCUGCUCCAAAUAGCAGAGGGAGCUAUACUUGGUGGAAGGAAUAGUCCUGGGAUCUGGAGUCUACUGGAUUUCCUUCUCUGAGCAAUAGCUCUUUCAAAUGGAGUUACCAGUGUCUGGUGUGUAGCCUGUGGAGUGUCUAGUACUGACGGAGGAUGGGUUACACAGCAGCUUCUUGAAGUGAGUCUUCCUUGGACUCUGUCCAUUGUCUGUUCUGUGUGGAUGUUUGCUCCCUCCUGUAUUAGCAUCUGUGUGUUGAGUUUGUACACAGUAUAAUCCCAAAAUCUCAUACCCUGUGCACCGCUCCUUCCUGUUCACGCUCACAUCAGUGUUUUGUAGUCUAGCAGGACAGCCAUGUAGUUUUCUAGGCUCUUAACCAUACAUUCCUUGGCCUUGUCCUGUUACAGGAUGUCAUUUCAGCACAGUGCUGGCAGAGUGACUCUCCUUGCCUUCCCACCUGAGAGGGCAAGGGAGAGCAGUCCUGUAGAAGAGCCUCUGUUUCAACAUUAUUUCAAGUAAUUAAUCCCAUGCAGUGGGCUGCUGUUGGCACUGUUUUCAUUUGCUGUGCAAAACUCUUCAUCCCCACCUGGCACAGAUAGUGUGGGGCUAUGUGUAAGCUUUCUCAGCUAAUGGCUUGGGGAGCACAGGAUUUGUCUCCCACUCUGACUGGGAUAGUCAGAUUCAGUUUUGGAGCCCAUCUUUGAACCCAGAACACUGGGGUUACAAACAGGAACUCACUCAGAGGGCUGGAGGAGGUGGAGUAGUUGAACUGUGUCCAAGAGUUAAUUUAUUUAAUAGCUGAAUAACUUUUCCUUCCCACUCAUCUCCCUAGGGCAUUGACCCUAGAUUCCCUUUCUGAGGGAAAUCCAUUGGCCAGAGUGUCUGAGUAAACAAGAGUCACUCUUCCUUCUUCACUUUCUUCUAAGCUACUAUUCAUAGAGUCUCCCUGGUGAAUAACACAGUAAUCAGUAUUGCUUGGGUUUUGUCUCUUUCAGUCUGAAUCCAGACCUUACUCCCACUGUCUGAGGGCAGAAAGGUAUAAGGGAGAGACCCCCUGUCUUCUGCUGCAGGGGGAAGACAUGCACUUUGUACACUUAAAUUACAGAAACUUGACUUCUGUCAUUUGGAAAGUUUCAUGCUUAGGCAAUGGUCUGUAAAUAUGACAUUAGUUUUUUUAUAAAUGUCUUUAACCCUU